GCAAAACAAUUAAAACGUGGGCUCCCUUAAAAGAUUUUUGAGAUAUACAACAUCUAUCUCCCGACUUGAUAUGACCAAAGUACCCUUUGUUACUUCCCUCUAUAUAUUUAUGUCACAUGACACUAAUACAUAUAUCCAAAACCAAAAGGGAGACUAAUUAGAGGAAGAAUGGGGUCACUAGGAGAAGAACCACAAGUAACAGAAGACUGCAUGGGUUUGCUUCAACUCCUAAGCAACGGCACCGUUUUAAGAUCCGAGAGCAUUGACCUUAUCACUCAACAAAUCCCAUUCAAAAACCACCAAACCGUUCUCUUCAAAGACUCAAUCUAUCACAAACCAAACAAUCUCCACCUCCGUCUCUAUAAACCCAUUUCUGCCUCCAACCGUACCGCCCUCCCUGUUGUGGUCUUCUUCCACGGUGGGGGAUUCUGCUUCGGCUCACGUUCUUGGCCUCACUUUCACAACUUCUCUGUAACUCUUGCAUCUUCCCUUAACGCCCUUGUGGUCGCACCGGACUACCGGCUAGCACCCGAACACCGUCUCCCGGCUGCCUUUGAGGAUGCCGAGGCGGCUCUCACAUGGCUCCGGGACCAAGCUGUUUCCGGUGGUGUGGACCACUGGUUUGAAGGUGGAACAGACGUUGACUUUGACAGGGUUUUUGUUGUGGGUGAUUCUUCCGGUGGGAACAUGGCUCAUCAACUCGCUGUCCGGUUCGGCUCCGGUUCAAUUGAGUUGACACCUGUUCGGGUUCGCGGUUACGUUCUUAUGGGGCCGUUUUUUGGCGGGGAGGAGAGGACUAACUCCGAGAAUGGCCCCUCUGAAGCUUUGCUCAACUUGGAUUUGCUUGACAAGUUUUGGAGAUUGUCACUACCAAAAGGUGCCAUAAGAGAUCAUCCCAUGGCUAACCCUUUUGGACCGAUGAGUCCAACACUCGAAUUAAUUAGCAUAGAGCCAAUGUUGGUGAUUGUCGGCGGCUCAGAACUCUUGAGAGAUAGGGCCAAAGAGUAUGCAUAUAAAUUAAAGAAGAUGGGAGGAAAAAAGGUAGAUUACAUUGAAUUCGAAAACGAGGAGCAUGGUUUCUACUCGAACAAUCCAUCUUCCGAGGCUGCAGAACAAGUUCUUCGUACUAUUGGAGACUUUAUGAACAACUUGUUUUAAUAGCAUUUGGCCUUUUGAAGGUAACUAAGUGUUUAAUUCAAUUAGGAUUCCAUGUUAAUAAGUUUGCUUGGUGAUUGGUGAAUCAUAUAUAUAUACACGCAUACAAUGUUAUUGGUUUGGUUAUAUAUUGUCGUUCAUCAUAUCCGACCUUAAAUGGUAUAUUCAUCAGUAGUUUCUUUU